GAACACCGCAGACCUCGAGCGGGAACCGGCGGACGGCGCCCUAACGUCCAUGGGCUCUGGGGCUCCGGCGACGCGGGCGGAGCCUCUCAGAAGAAAAAGGAAGGGAGAAAGGACGGCUCUUCCCGAAGUGUGCAGCGUACGCAGCGCGGCCUUCCGGGGCUGGUUCCCUUCGCGAGGCCGCGACCGCGCGGGGGACUCCCGGACCGGACUCGCCGCGGCCGGCGCUGCCCUCACAGCCCUGGGCUUCUCCGGUCCGAGACGACGCCCCGGCGGGACCCCACACCCACAGCAGCGGGGAUGGCGUCUGUGGACUUCAAGACCUACGUGGACCAGGCGUGCCGGGCGGCCGAGGAGUUCGUCAACGUUUACUACACCACCAUGGACAAGCGGCGGCGACUGCUCUCGCGCCUGUACAUGGGCACCGCCACCCUGGUGUGGAAUGGAAACGCCGUCUCGGGACACGAGUCCCUGAGUGAGUUUUUUGAGAUGCUGCCUUCCAGUGAGUUCCAGAUCAGUGUGGUGGACUGCCAGCCUGUGCACGACGAAGCCACGCCGAGCCAGACCACAGUGCUCGUGGUCAUCUGUGGGACAGUGAAGUUCGAAGGCAACAAACAGCGGGACUUCAACCAGAACUUCAUCCUCACCGCGCAGGCCUCGCCCAGCAACACCGUGUGGAAGAUCGCCAGUGACUGCUUCCGCUUCCAGGACUGGGCCAACUAGGGGCGCCCUGGCUGUGGGGAGAGACGCCAGGCACAGAUCUCGGGAGGCAGGGACCCCAGGUUCUCCUCUGUGGCUGCAGAGACUCCACAGAGCGCCCUGCGCUGAGGCAGAACCGCGCGCGAGUCCCAGGAGCCGCUCUCCUGACAGGGACUCACUUGUCCUUGUCGCCUUUUCAACCUAGCAGACUUUUCUAUUUUUCUACCUGCUCAGUAGAGAACCCAGCUCUGGAAGUUCUGACAGCGUAAUAUAAACGUCGCUGCUUUUCCUUUUA